AUGUACAACGGGUCGUGCUGCCGCAUCGAGGGGGACACCAUCUCCCAGGUGAUGCCGCCGCUGCUCAUUGUGGCCUUUGUGCUGGGCGCACUAGGCAAUGGGGUCGCCCUGUGUGGUUUCUGCUUCCACAUGAAGACCUGGAAGCCGAGCACUGUUUACCUUUUCAACUUGGCCGUGGCUGAUUUCCUCCUUAUGAUCUGCCUGCCUUUUCGGACAGACUAUUACCUCAGACGUAGACACUGGGCUUUUGGGGACAUUCCCUGCCGGGUGGGGCUCUUCACCUUGGCCAUGAACAGGGCCGGGAGCAUCGUGUUCCUUACGGUGGUGGCUGUGGACAGGUAUUUCAAAGUGGUCCACCCCCACCACGCGGUGAACACCAUCUCCAACCGGACGGCAGCUGGCAUCGUCUGCACCCUGUGGACCCUGGUCAUCCUGGGAACACUGCAUCUUUUGCUGGAGAACCAUCUCUGUGUGCAAGAGACGGCUGUCUCCUGUGAGAGCUUCAUCAUGGAGUCGGCCAAUGGCUGGCAUGACAUCAUGUUCCAGCUGGAGUUCUUUCUGCCCCUCGGCAUCAUCUUAUUUUGCUCCUUCAAGAUUGUUUGGAGCCUGAGGCGGAGGCAGCAGCUGGCCAGACAGGCUCGGAUGAAGAAGGCGACCCGGUUCAUCAUGGUGGUGGCAGUUGUGUUCAUCACGUGCUACCUGCCCAGCGUGUCCGCCAGACUCUAUUUCCUCUGGACGGUGCCCUCGAGUGCCUGCGAUCCCUCUGUCCAUGUGGCCCUGCACAUCACCCUCAGCUUCACCUACAUGAACAGCAUGCUGGAUCCCCUGGUGUAUUAUUUUUCAAGCCCCUCGUUUCCCAAAUUCUACAACAAGCUCAAAAUCUGCAGUCUGAAACCCAAGCAGCCAGGACACUCAAAAACACAAAGGCCGCAAGAGAUGCCAAUUUCGAACCUCAGUCGCAAGAGUUGCCUCAGUGUGACAAAUAGUUCCCAAAGCCAGUCUGAUGGGCAGUGGGAUCCCCACACUGUUGAGUGGCACUGAACAAGCAGACCAGCAACACUGAGGAAGAUAGAGUGGUGACUUAGAAUUAACUCGGUAAGGGGUCGGGGGCUUUGAAAAUGCCACCCCCCUUUCUUAUUGCAAGACGGCUUCACGCACAUGAACUGCAUCCUCAUUCUGUCGGAAAUGAAAUUCACACAACUAUACCUUUUGGGGAGGUUCCAGUUGAUUGAAGUGAGUUGGUUGCAUUUUAUCUGAUUACGAUGGCAGGGGACAGAAUGUGCAUGGAGUGGAGCAUGUGUGUGUUGGGAGGGGGGUUAGGAACCGCACAGCUCCUGUGUAAUUUUCGUUGUUUGUUUUUGUUUUGAGACAGAGUCUCGCUCUGUCUCCCACGCUGGAGUGCGGUGGCACAAUCUUGGCUCGCUGCAACCUCCGCCUCCCGGGUUCAAGCAGUUCUCCUGCCUCAGCCUCCCGAGUAGAUGGGAUUACAGGCUCCUGCCACCACACCUGGCUAAUUUUUGUAUUUUUAGUAGAGACAGGAUUUUGCCAUGUUGUCUAGGCUGGUCUCGAGCUCCUGACCUCAGGUGACCCGCCUGCCUCGGCCUCCCAAAGCGGUGGGACCACAGGCAUGAGCCACCGCGCCCGGCUUCCCCUGUGUCAUUUUAAAUGGCUAAGUAAAUGGGCAUAUGUGUUUAAAUGGGGCAUAUUCUCUCUCUUAGGAGGUGGGGGGCAUUAGCAUCAUUUCCUAUCCUCUGACCUUAAAUCAUUCCUUAUCUCAGAAAAUAGAAACCGGGCUAAGUCAAUCAAUACUUUUUUAUUUCAGGCUGAAGGAGGCUCUUUAGAUUGGGAUGUAUUGAUCUAUUAAUUUUCAUCUUUACAUUUUUUUGUACAUCUGUACAUUUCUUUGUCAUCGUUGUGACUUCCCGGUAGCCCAAGAAGAACAACAACAAAACAAUCUGCUCUGACCUUCUUCAAAUCUUUGUAUUUCAAAUAAUGUGCUGAGGGAUCUGUUUCCCUGCCCUGGCUUCUCCAGUGGGAUGUGCUGAGUCUAAUACAAUUGCUUUUACAAUUGCUUUUGAUGACUUAUUAUGUGACUGUGAAUUGAAAUUAUUCAUUUACUUAUUCUCCAAGUAUUUACUGAAUUCGUAUUUGGUGGCAGGCACUAUACUGUGUAAUUUUUAGUGGAGGGUCAUUAGUCAACUCUUGUGUGACAGUAAAGUUUUUUGGGGGGUGGGGGCAGACAAGUUGAGCUUUCAUCCUUUCACGGAAUAAUUUCUAGACCUGUUCUGUGUGAACAUCAGUGUUGUACUCUUAUUGCAAAACUCCCUCAUAUACAUGAGCUUCCCAAAUGUGUACCUGGACCCCUCAAAACAGAGGACUCUAUGAAAUGACAAGCUGCCCCUGCCCUGAAUUAGGGGGAAACAUUCCAGGCCAACUCUAGCUCC